AUUGGUUGGUUGCUGUUCCCGCCCCCAGCCAGUCGCCAUUUUAUUGAGGCGAGCCGAAUUCCUCAAGGCGGCCGCGGCGGUGUAGCGUUUUCGUUAGUGGCUUUGUGAAGGUGUUCACUGUAGAGACAGGUUGCAGAAUUCAGCUACAAUGGGGAAUGUUUUUGAAAAGCUGUUUAAAAGCCUCUUUGGGAAAAAGGAAAUGCGGAUUCUCAUGGUAGGCUUAGAUGCAGCUGGCAAAACGACGAUCUUGUACAAACUGAAGCUCGGAGAGAUUGUGACAACCAUUCCUACCAUAGGUUUCAACGUGGAGACCGUAGAGUAUAAGAACAUCAGCUUCACAGUCUGGGACGUUGGUGGCCAGGACAAAAUCAGACCUUUAUGGCGACAUUACUUCCAGAACACUCAAGGUCUGAUUUUCGUGGUUGACAGUAAUGACCGAGAGCGGGUCAACGAGGCCCGGGAAGAACUGACCAGAAUGCUAGCAGAAGAUGAGCUCAGAGAUGCAGUCUUGUUGGUGUUUGUAAACAAACAGGAUCUUCCUAAUGCUAUGAAUGCAGCAGAGAUCACAGACAAGCUUGGCUUACAUUCCCUUCGCCAGAGAAACUGGUACAUUCAGGCCACCUGUGCGACCAGUGGAGAUGGGCUUUACGAAGGCCUGGACUGGCUCUCCAACCAGCUCAAAAACCAGAAGUGAUCAGAAGCGACCCAUUCCCCAUGCAUUGUGGCAAAGCCAGCUGGCCUUUCCCAUGUGCAUGUGAGCGUGUGAGGAGCCCAUGGGGCUGUGUGGCUGGGAGUGGGGGCAGCUUUCUCACACCGUGCCUUAUACACGCUAUACGAAAACCAGUAUUCCAUUUUAAGAAAACCAGUGUUACAUUUUGAAUGCUACCUUCCAUUUCACUAGCUUUGAUGGUCAUUUUUGCUGAGGCCUCCCCGGGUGUGAUAGCCAGAGCAUCUCUAGGCUGAAAAAGAAGAGAGCUGGAGCCAGACAGGUGCCAUUGUUGUGAUCCUGGGUCUGGCCUCUCCAUACACCCGGAAUCCUGUUGGGCUUCAGUGUCCUUUUAUAAACAGAAAGGAAGGCUCUGCCGUUCUUUCCAUUGUGCCAAAGCCAGCAGCUCACUUGUAGUGCUUUAAGCUGUUGAGAAAAACAGAUGCAUCAUCACCACAGGUGUGAAGAGGUUCAGAGGGGACAGUCCCCAAAGCUUGGUUAGUUCAGACCGGCUCAUUCAGCUUGUUUCGAUUAGUUCAGACCGGCUCAUUCAGCUUGUCGGUUAGUUCAGACCGGCUCAUUUAGCUUGUUUUAGCCCAAGGAAUCAGUGACCUUCUUCAUUAGAGUAUCAAGACUGUAACACUAGAGAAGUUUCCAGCCUGUCCCAUACUUGCUAAAUGGAAACUCUGCGGGCUGCUGGCCCAACAGGAGGCCAGGACUCUUCCCCUAAGCCUCAUGGUCCAUAGCGGAGUGAAGGUUGGCUGGAGGAAGUGGAGUGAGGUAGCUCUUGUGUUCUGGCAUCAUGUCUCAGGCCCUCGAGGCUGCUGCUCCCACUUCUCUGUUCUGUGCUGAGUAUUCUUCAUAUGAAGCAGACAGUUGCUCCUGAGUGGAGUUGUCACUGUGUCCCGUUGUCCUGAUCUACUGUAGGCUUUUGGUUAGUAUCUGUUUGCAGAACUGCACACCCAUGAGUUCUGAGAGUUUAUGAGAAAGUCAGGAGGUUAAUGUAGAUGACGUUCCCAGUGGCCCCUGCUCCUCCCUGGGUUGGUGCUAAACUUUGCUCUAGAAGCAUCUUUUACCUAGACUGCUCUCGAGGCGUAGGCUCCCUCCUCAUGGCAGUGGCAUCUGAAGGGCGGCUUGGAAAUGUGUGCUGUGUUGUCUUGCAGAUGUAGUGAUAGGAAGGCCCAGAGAAGAGCUGGCUUCACCCUAAGCCCUCUGGCCACACAGCUCUGGGCCACAUUUGUACCUAAGCCCUUUUACUGAUUAACGUUUUAAAACUCCUUUCAGAAAAAAUUGAUCCCUGCUACAGGUGGGGAAACGCAAACUGAACUUCAAAUAAAUCUUGUCCAUUGGUAACAAAGUUUUACAAGGAAAAAAAAUUCCAUGCCAUUGUAAAUGUGGGCUGUAAUGUUUUUCUUUAAAAAAUAUCUUAAAGAAUGUUCAUUGCAAUACUGGUGACUAAGUCCAGAUGUGAUUUUUAAUCACAGAUGAAUUCCUGAGAAAUGUUGAAAUUGUACACCUCCCAUUGGCUGGGAGCCUCUUGUCCUUUGUAAUUAUGCUUAGUGUGCCUGGCCUGGCGCUAGGCUGCAGUAAACAUGUGGUGAUUGGUUAGACCUGGCGCUAGGCUGCAGUAAACAUGUGGUGAUCGGUUAGACAAUAAAGAACUUACUUGGGAAGUGGGA